UAGUUGGCAGCAAUAAACCUUUUCCGGUGUAGUCCGCCCUAAACACCACCAAAGAGGAAGGUGCGCGAUGGAGCAUCAAAAUAUCAAAAAUAGUACGACUUAUUUAACUGAAGUUAUCCUUCGCAAUUCAGCAAAAAAUAAGCCACCAGCACCAUGGCAACUUCAGUCAGCCUUCGCAUUUGCAGUUUGUAUCCUGAUAAUAACAGAGUUAAUACUGGCCAAAAAGGACUACUAUGACAUAUUGGGAGUGCCGAAAUAUGCCAACGAGCGUCAGAUAAAGAAGGCUUUUCACAAGCUGGCUAUGAAGUAUCACCCAGACAAGAACAAGAGCCCAGAUGCUGAGACAAAGUUCAGAGACAUUGCUGAGGCAUAUGAAACAUUGUCAGACGAGAAGAGGAGACAAGAGUAUGACCAGUUUGGACAUGGCACAUUCCAUAAUGAUGGAACCAAAGGCAGAAACGGUCCAAACGUCCACCAGCCCUUAAACUUUGGUGACAUGUUCAAGGACUUUGAUAUUUACAGCCAGAACCAGCACGCCCGUCACAAGAGGCACUUCGAGGAUCACUUCCGGGCCCACCAGGAGGCCCAUCACAGCAGACACAAGAGACACUUCCAGGGGGCUUUUGGAGCAGCGGGGGGUGGUGGCUUUGACGGCAUGUUUAACGACAUGAAGAAGUUUAAUUUUCACAGGGACACUACUAAGCAGACUGAGAGCAGGUUUCAUAGUACUACAGCGAAGCAACACUGCAGAACAGUGACACAACGCAGGGGGAACAUGGUCACCACGUACACUGACUGCACUGGCUCCUGAGGACAGGGGCAAAGUCCGUAUCCACAUCACUUGGGUUGUGUUCAUCCGGCAUGAAAUGGAAGAAAGCGGUUUGAAAUGGGGAGGUACUAUCUGAACCAGUUGUGGCUGAUGAGAGGAGCUAUUGGAGGAUGGGCUCAUUGUAAUGGCUGGAAUGGAAUUAAUGGAACGGUAUCAAACACAUGGAAACCACGUUUGACUCCGUUCCUUCAUUCCAUUCCAGCCAUUUUGUAAAUGUUUUU